AUCACGCAUUUCCCUUCUUCCUUCUGCAUUUAGCAUUCAGUGUUGAAGGUCGUGUACGGACCUUAGUUUUUAGUUUAUCAUUAAUUUAGCAAUUAGCUAAAACUUAAGUCAUGGCAAAUAACGACAAUUUUGCACAAGACGUGACCGAUAAUCAAUUAAACGGAAAUGCAGAGAACGGUGGAGGUGAUAAUGGACAACAAGAUAAUGGUAGCGAAGCCCCGGGACGCGAUGACGACAGAAAACUGUUUGUCGGAGGAUUGAGCUGGGAAACCACAGACAAGGAAUUACGUGAUCACUUCAGUGCGUAUGGUGAGAUCGAUAGCAUCAAUGUCAAGACAGACCCCAACACCGGCCGAUCACGAGGCUUUGCCUUCAUCGUUUUCAAGGCACCUGACUCCAUCGACAAGGUUAUGGCUGCCGGAGACCACACAAUCAACAACAAGAAAGUAGACCCAAAGAAGGCCAAAGCGAGACACGGAAAGAUCUUUGUGGGAGGUCUCAGCAGUGAAAUCUCAGAUGAUGAAAUCAAGAACUUCUUCAGCAACUUCGGAACCAUCAUUGAAGUUGAAAUGCCUUUUGACAAGACAAAGAACCAAAGAAAAGGAUUCUGUUUCAUCACCUUCGAGUCGGAGCAGGUUGUCAAUGAACUUCUCAAGACUCCCAAACAGACCAUCGCCGGAAAGGAGGUGGAUGUGAAGAGGGCGACGCCCAAGCCCGACGGCCCCGGGGGCAUGACCGGGCGCGGCGGGCGCGGAGGCCGGGGCUCGCGCGGCGGCCGCGGCGGCCGCGGCGGCUACGGCGGCCAGGGCGCCUGGGGCAACCAGGGCUACGGCGGCUAUGGCUACGGCCAGGGCGGCUAUGGCGGCGGAUACGACGGCUACGGCUACGGAGGUUACGGCUACGACGGCUACGGGGGCUACGGCGGUUACGAUUACUCCGGAUACCCCAAUUACGACUACGGCGGGUACGGAGGGUACGAGGGCGGCUACGGCGCGCGCACGGCUCCGCGCGGGAAAGCCGGCUACCAGGGCGGCAAGCAGCGCGGCGGCGGCGGCGGCCGCGCCAACCAGAGGCACCAGCCCUACUGAACCCGACACUCGCGUACCUGCCAAUAGUCAUCUCAGUCCAAUAGUAAGGUUAAGUGCCCGGUCAUGAGUGCCCCCCGUGCCCCACUGCCGCGCCGGGGGCACUUCAUUCCAUUCCACAUUAUUAUUAUAAGAAAUUAAUCUUUUUUAAGAAGAUUUUUUAAGGAUAAAUGUCUCUUGUAACAGUGCCGUGCUUGAGCGGCGUUACAUACUUAUUAUAAUAUAGAAUGGAUUAUAGAUUCACUGAGUAUUAUUGCAGAUUGAUUAGAUUCAAUUUUGUUUAUUUAAAUUGUUUCCUUUGGAGUCCAGUAACGUACAGUUAGGGCCGCGGGCUGCCGCCGUUCGCUGCGUGCGUGUUUGUGUGAAUGCGCGAGGUCGCGAGAGCGCCUCCACUGACAGUUAUUUGAUUGGGAUCUCAUUGCAGAAAUGUUGUACUUUUGUAUGUUUAAUUUUGGUAAUCUUACAAGGAAUCAGAAUCAUGUAUUUUAUACAAACCUAGAUGUUUCUUCCAUUGAGUAGGAAUGAAAUUUAAUUCUUAGAUUAAGUCUCGGACAUGAACAAACUUCUGGAGAUAUACGAUUGUGUAUGUCGAAAUAAAACGAAUGUGUAAAUAAACAAUUGACUUUUA